AUGCCGGUGUUCAGCGGCCUCCUGAAGGUGCGCGUGUGUGAGGCGGUGGACCUGAAGCCCACUCCUUGGGCGCUGCGUCAUGCCGUGGGCAAGAGCGGUUCCUUCCUGCUGGACCCCUACCUGGCGCUCAACCUGGACCAGACCCGCCUGGGACAGACAGCCACACGCACUAAGACUAACAGUCCGGCCUGGCAUCAGGAGUUCUGCACAGAGGUGCGCGAGGGCCGAAGCCUGGAGCUAUCCGUGUUUCACGAUGCACCCAUCGGCUACGACGACUUUGUGGCCAACUGCACCAUCCAGCUGGAGGACCUGCUCCAGAACGGGACCAGACACUACGAGGACUGGAUUGACUUAGAGCCUGAGGGGAAGGUCUACGUGGUGAUCGAUCUGUCUGGAUCUUCCACUGAAGGAGCCAACGACAAUGAAGAGCGCGUCUUCCGGGAACGGAUCGGGCCGCGUCGGCGCCAGGGCGCGGUACGCCGGCGUGUCCAUCAAGUCAACGGACACAAGUUCAUGGCCACCUACUUGCGGCAGCCCACGUAUUGCUCACACUGCAGGGACUUCAUAUGGGGUGUCCUGGGGAAGCAGGGCUACCAAUGUCAAGUGUGCACGUGCGUCGUCCAUAAGCGCUGCCACGAACUUAUUAUCACCAAAUGCGCUGGCAUGAAGAAGCAGGAGGACACCCCGGAGGAGGUGGGUUCGCAGCGCUUCAGCGUGAACAUGCCGCACAAGUUCAGCAUCCACAACUACAAGGUGCCCACCUUCUGCGACCACUGCGGUUCGCUGCUGUGGGGUCUCUUGAGGCAGGGCUUGCAGUGCAAAGUGUGUAAGAUGAACGUGCACAGGCGUUGCGAGAAAAACGUAGCCCCCAACUGCGGCGUCGACGCCCGCGGCAUCGCUAAAGUUCUAUCCGACUUGGGGGUCACGCCCGACAAGAUUUCCAACACGGCGCAACGUCGCAGGAAGUUGACGCCAGGCCAGGACACUCCCCAAUCUCCGCCAGAGCUCUCGCAGACGGAGAACAGCUUCAGCCAGCCGGCUGUACCCACCUCGCCCUCCCAGCAGGACUUGGCAGAAUUGGACCGUCUGCAGGACUCGCUGUCCCUGGACCAGCAAGGCCCCCAACACUCGUCCUCUUCGUCGUCGUCGUCAUCUGCCACCUCCACCACCUCGUUGUCCACCGCCUCGUCGUCGGGGGGCCGUGAAAACGGGCAGAGUCAGAGGAGGACUCUCAAGGACUUUAACUUGAUCAAAGUUCUCGGAAAAGGCAGCUUUGGCAAGGUGAUGUUGGCCGAGCUGAAGGGGACGGAGGAAGUUUACGCCGUCAAAGUCCUGAAGAAAGACGUGAUCCUGCAGGACGACGACGUGGACUGCACCAUGACGGAGAAGCGCAUCCUGGCUCUGGCCCGCCGACACCCCUACCUCACCCAGCUCUACUGCUGCUUCCAGACCCGAGACCGCUUGUUCUUUGUCAUGGAGUAUGUGAACGGAGGCGACUUGAUGUUCCAAAUUCAGCGUUCGCGCAAGUUCGACGAGCCACGCUCGCGCUUUUACGCCGCUGAAGUCACGUCAGCGCUCAUGUUCCUGCACCGCAACGGCGUCAUCUACAGGGACUUGAAGCUGGACAACAUUUUGCUGGACGCGGAAGGCCACUGCAAGUUGGCAGACUUCGGCAUGUGCAAAGAGGGCAUCGUGAACGGCGUGACCACCACCACCUUUUGCGGCACGCCCGAUUACAUCGCCCCGGAGAUUCUGCAGGAGCUGGAGUACGGCGCAUCGGUGGACUGGUGGGCGCUGGGGGUCCUGAUGUACGAGAUGAUGGCCGGGCAACCGCCGUUUGAAGCCGACAAUGAGGACGACCUGUUCGAGUCGAUCCUCCACGACGACGUGCUUUACCCCGUGUGGCUCAGCAAGGAAGCCGUGUCCAUCCUGCGAGCGUUUAUGACCAAAAACCCGGCCAAGCGUCUGGGCUGCGUGGUGAGCCAAGGCUGCGAGGAGGCCAUCAAGACGCACCCCUUCUUCCGGGAAAUCGACUGGCUGCUGCUGGAGCAGAGGAAAGUGCGACCCCCCUUCAAGCCACGCAUUAAAACCAAGCGGGACGUGAACAACUUUGACCAGGACUUCACCAAGGAGGACCCGGUGCUCACUCCCACUGACGAGACCAUCAUCCGGCAGAUCAACCAGGAGGAGUUCAAGGACUUCUCCUAUUGCGCUCCCGAGGAGACGCACACCUAA